AUGGAUAAUUAUUUCACAAUCAUAAGUUUACUUGGACUUAGAAAUUAGAAUCUACCUCCAUUUAGAGAAGCUCGUUUGAAGAGAUACAGAUCGAUCAAGAAGAUGGUUGAAUUGAUUGAGACAGCUGGAUGGACUUAGCCAAAAGUGCCAUUCAAUGCCUUUUGCUUGAGUUCUCAAGAUCCCGAGUGGGAAGAUGAUAUGACCUAUCCCGUUAUAGAGUAUAAUAAGUUUGGGUAUUAGGCUAUGGCUUUUGGAAUGAAUUUGUUCCUGUAUGCAUACAAUUAUAAUGUGAUAACACAAAACAUCAGAUUCAGAACUUUUAGAUACUUAUUCCCUGUUGUUUAGUGUUUUAUAUUUGGCAGAAUAUAUUUCGAAUACAAAUCUGAAUUAACAAAAGUCAAUUUGUUCGAUGAGUAUGUUCAAUUAAGAGCAUAGGAGUUGGUGAAGGAGAACGAGUUUCUUUUGGAACACGAAGACAUCAAGAGAUUCGUGUGGUGGUAUGAGGAUUACAAGGAGACAUUAUGCAGAGUCCAUAGACAAGCUAAUGAUCACGCAGCCACUGACUUCAAAGACUCUGAAUUGAUAUUGCAAGACUUUAUCCGCAGAUACACAAAUCCCAAUUCAGCAAGACCACUCAAUAUUUAAGAGAAAGGAGUUUUAUUCUGAAAUUAUUAUUCCAAAAUAAAUAAAUAUUUUACACACAAUAACAUCGUAUA